AUGAGCACGAUUCCCAGACGAAGAUUCCCCUCGAUCCAGCGCUCGGGACGGAAGGCUUCGGCGUCGGAUCCCCAGAUGCUGGUAUCGCGCUGCAUGAUGCCGAAGUGGGAGUCAACGUGGGUGCCGGGGAGGACGAGGAUGGGGGAGGAACCAUCAGGUCCGCCGCCAAGAGGGAGGGUGGUGGUGUGA